AUGGUUGCAGAACAUAGGGAAACUUCUCCCCCGUCGCCUUGUGUGAAAUCAGGGGGUAAAGGCUCUUCGUCGAAGCAGAGGGACGGCAAUGCGUCUUUCGGGGAGAGCACCGCCAAUGCGGUCCAUGAUGACGCCGGCGGCGUUCUUGCGGUGGAGGAAUCCUACUCGUCUGUUGGUGCCGUUUUCGUAAAGUUUCUGAGAAAGCUGCGCCGUACCCACCCAUUACGUAUUACUUGGGUGGUCAUCCUCAUACUUCUUGUGACAAGUGGAAAUGCAAUGCAAAUUAUUGGGCUAAACUUUUGGCUUCGUUCGUUUCCCAAGGAUGGGGCACCUGGCAACUUCGCAACACUCGCCGUUUCAUCCUUACUGUUUGGCCUGUUUUUUUUGGUUAUGCUGGUGGUGUACCUCAUCGCUGUAAGACCCUCGCUUCUGUUUCUUCGCUGUGCUCGCGGAUGGUGGCUGCUAUUUCUCAUCGGGGUGGCGGACGCAGUGAACAGUUACCUCGCCAUCUACGCCGCCUCGUAUACGCCGGAAGUGCUACAGGCCUUGUUUACCAGCCUUGUGCCAGUCUAUGCGGCGGGGUUCACCAAGUGGAUUUUGCAAGACCCGAGAAGCUACUGGAACAUCUGGAUCUUCACCUCUUUUUUUCUUAUCGUGUCUGGGGUGGUGAUGGCUUCCGCGUACCAGUUUGCACGUGGGUUUGGGGGCGAGUCAAAGGACAAGGCGUGGUGGAGCCUCAUCUUCUUCCUCUCCGUUCCCCCCACGGUCUUGAUGAACAUCUGGCAGAGUUUGUACAUGAUUCACUUUACUUAUGACCCUUCGUUUGAGGAGCGUCAGGUGUUGUCGCCGCGGCCAGAGCCACUGCCGGAGCAGCAGCAAGACGGUAAAAGGAACCUAGAUUCGGGUGCGCAGGGCGGUGAAAUUGGCACCGAGAAUGGCUGCAGUGAGAUCGAAUCCAGCCCCACGCCCCAAGGGGGAGUGGCAACGCCAGAGGACGCCUCCGGUGAAACGAAUGUUGUGGGAGAAAUUGGAAGUCCCUCGCUUCUUCAUAUGCAGGGAAGCGACUCCCUUGUGAAGCUUGUCAUGCUGGCCUGCGGGACGAAUAUUCAAUUUGUGUUGAUUAUGCUCGCUCUUCCCAUGGACGCCAUCCCUUGGUGGGGCGGUAGCCACAGCGUGCAGGGUGCAUGGUCUAAUUUCUAUGAAGGGCUUUGGUUUAUAUUUCACUCCGACACAAAUUUCUCCUACUGCAUGGUGUACACCGUGGGGUUUGUGUUUACCUAUGUUGGCUCAGCCUACCUCAACCAAUACAGUGUGACGCUGUGUUCCAUGAUUGGCCAGCUUUCCUCGCCGAUUACGGCGCUGGUACUCAUCAUUGUGCCCAAGUGGGACCUGGAGAAGGGCUACACGCCGUGGUACAUGAGUCUCGUAGCGGUGAUUUUGCUUUGCGUGGGCUCAUUAGUCUACACCUUGUGGGAGGAGAAGACCGACGAAGAGAAGGAGGCGGGGGAGCGUCGCUUGAAGGAGAAAUUGCUCUUCGGCAUGCGCUCUCCUCCCCCAGCCACACGGCGGAGAAGCUACUCGGCCUUUUUCUCCACCACACACGAGUAG